AUGGCUCCUCCUCGCUCUCCUCGCCGUCCUCAAACUCCCACUCCUCCCUCGCCGACUCCUCCCCCUCCUCCCCCUGCUCCCGCUGCUCCCUCUCCCCGCAGAAGCGCCCGGCUGCAGAAGAAAGGCCAGGCUCCCAAAGCCGGCAGUGGAAAUGAUGAUACAAGGAAGAAACAGCCAUCGUCCGCACCAUUGACUAGCAAAUCUCUUGGAAAACAGGCAAGUCCGAGGAUACAAGAUAUUGAGCUUGACAACUGA